AUGUCGCGCAAGGGUUCGUGGGACGACGACGGCAGCAGCCUCUCCGAAUCCCUCCUCCGCUUCGUCCACGGCGGCGACGAGGCGAACCCGCCGACCCCUCGCUCCGUCACCCAAGCCCUCGCGCUCACGCCCGCCACGAGGGAACGAAGAAACUCUGACCUGGACGAGCUCACGUUCUAUUACUCCCCGGAGGAACCCGGCGUGCGAGGCGAAGUUCGCGUCGGCCUGGACCGAUCCGUCGAUCGAUACGACGAGGACGACGACGAUGACGCGCUGGUGAACGGCGGAGGCGCCUCGUUCGCGUCGUGGCGGGACGUUCCGAGACGACUGGAAGAGGUCGAAGGGAGCGUCGAGGACUGCCGAAGGCGGCUGCUCGCCCUGGAGCUUCACGGGCGUCGACGGGCGCGGGAGGACUCCGCGAACGUCGCCGUCGGCCUGCCCGGUCCGAGGAUGCGCGCGUGCCUCCAAACGGCGUCGCUCACGUGCCUCCGACUGAACCGCACCGUCGACUGGAACCUCGCCCCGCCCCCGUCCCCGCCGGCAUCCACCUAUUCGCAAACCUAUUCGCAAACCUAUUCGCAAACCUACUCGCACACCUACUCGCAAACGGACCCGCCGACGGAGGCGUCGUCCUUUUCCUGCGCAGCCGUGGCUCGCCCGCCGGAGAUCAUCGCGCUGUUCGCCAGCAGGAUCGCGCAGCACGUCGAGUCCGACGAUCCCGCGCCGUCGCACGUCGCCAGCUGUGCGCGUUACGCCGCGUAUCACGCGGCGAAGUCCAUACGAGCGAGGGUCGAUCGCGUGUUCGCGUCGAUGUCGUCCGACUCCGAAUCCGACCAAUCGCGGGUCUCCACGUCGGCGUCCGACGGCCGGUGCGAGACCGGGUCGGCGUCGGGGUACCUUCCGGGAGGCGAGUCGUCGUCGUCCGGGUCCGCGGAAUCGUUCGGCGGCGGCGACGACGCGGCGACGACGACGAAGCGUGGAAAAGAACGAGCCCGGCGGCUGCUGCAUCGAUCGGGACGGAGGGCGAUCGUCGUCGACUUUGGGGAUCGGGCGCGCGCCGCGGACGACGCGACGGCGGCGUGA